UGAUGUGACUGGGAGGAAGUGAGAUAUACUACUGAAUUUUCUUCAUCGUCAUUUGUUCGUCGCCAUUGUUCUUUCGUCGUCGUCGUCACUGUCGUUGAAAAUUGUCGAGCGAAAAAUAAAAAGUUACAGCACUCAUUUGCAAUUAAUGGCAUAGAAAACAAGUUGUGUUUUUAAAAGUAAAAGUAAAAGAAUAAAGAUAAAGCUGAUUGCUUAUAAAAUAUUCGCUGGCGAGUGAACCAAACGAAUAAAACAAAUAUAAAACACCGUCCACUGAACAAGGCAAGCAGCAGUGGAAAGUGUGUUGCUCAGCUGAAGAAAGAAAAAAUCAUUUGAUUAGCCCAUAGAAGACAAAAAAAAACAACACACACAAGUAAAAUUCGUGUAGGGAGCAGAAAAUUUGAAAACGUUUAAGUUUUCCAAAUAUCCAAGUCUAGUGUUGAGCAAAAGUAAAAAAAACAUGUCGGCAAUGAAUCCAGAAUACGAUUAUUUGUUCAAACUGCUCCUUAUUGGUGACUCGGGUGUAGGAAAAUCGUGCCUUCUUCUGCGAUUUGCUGAUGACACAUACACAGAGAGCUAUAUUAGCACAAUCGGUGUUGACUUUAAAAUUAGAACCAUUGAAUUGGAAGGCAAGACCAUAAAAUUGCAAAUUUGGGAUACCGCUGGCCAAGAGCGCUUCCGUACAAUUACUUCGUCAUAUUAUCGUGGCGCCCACGGUAUCAUUGUUGUUUAUGAUUGCACAGACCAGGAGUCUUUUAACAAUGUCAAGCAAUGGUUAGAGGAAAUUGAGCGAUAUGCUUGUGAAAAUGUAAAUAAGUUGUUGGUGGGCAACAAAUGUGAUUUGACUACUAAGAAAGUUGUCGAUACGAGCACAGCUGCGGAAUAUGCAACUCAAUUAGGCAUUCCUUUCCUGGAAACUUCAGCCAAAAAUGCAACGAACGUUGAACAGGCUUUCUUGACGAUGGCUGCCGAGAUAAAGAAUCGUGUUGGGCCGCCUUCAAGUGCCACUGAGAACGCCAGUAAAGUAAAGAUCGAUCAAGGACGUCCAGUGGAAAACACCAAAUCCGGUUGCUGCUGAAUAACUCCAAUUGUGAACACAUAUACAAACAUUAUUUUAUUAUACUAAAAAAAAACAACAUUCAAAUAAAAAAGAAAUCACGACAAAGGUGGUAACGAUAAAGAAGCAAACGUUGGUCUGCUCGGCUAUAACACAUUUGCAAACACAUAUGAUGAUACACGAUGGAAACACGAUAAUGAUCUGGAGUAUAAUGGGAAUAUAACUUAAAUAAGUUUGGAGCAGAAACAAAAAAAGAUACAGAAAAUAAUAUAUUUAAAACGUUUUUUUAAGUACAUAACAACAACAAAAGUAAUGUUAUGACAGCGAACCUAUACAAAAAUGAAACACAUCAACAAAAUGCGCGGACUUUUAAGUAAGAUACUUAUAACUAAUGUUUAAAUAAAACCUUAAUGUAAACAAAUGCGUAAAUAACGAUGAUGAGCGAUGAUGGUAUGCAAAGUAAUUUCGGGGGAAGAUACAUAGCGAAAAGUGUGAGCGUUUCAUAGUAAUGGAGAUAUGAUGUAGUGUCUUUUCGGGCGUCUGAAUAUUCCCCUACCAUUUUAUAAUUAUUAAUAAAAAAUCCAUAGUUAUACAAUUUUGUGUUUAUUAGACAAUUUAGUCGUCCAACAAACCACUAUUGGUUGUGUCUGGCCAACUAAAUUGCUGCAAAUCUUAGUUUACUACCUUAAUAAAUAAAAAGUACGUACGACAUACGCAAUUUAAAUGAAUUA